GAUGUCUGGUGAAGAAACCCAAUCUGUCACAAAACAGACCACAGCACUGCUAAAGUCUAUGGAAGAAAGUGACAGAAAUACUAUCAUUAAAAAUUUGGGUACAGAAGUCAUUAUUCCAGCCAAUCACAUCACAGCAAUGAAAUCAAAUUUAAACAUGCCAUGGAAUCAACUACGUGAAAUAUCACGUUGGUUGAAAACAUUCAACAUAAAAAUUGAAUCAGAAAAAAAAGCAAGAAGUGUCGCUGCUGAAUGGGUAGGCCAAGGACUGAGAGUUGAGCUGGCUCCUCUCACCAAAUUAUCAGUUGGAAACAGGGUAUCCGUUAUACCUAGGCCCUGGGGGUAUCUGUAUAAUGUAGUUGGCCACAUUCUGUAUCAACUCAAAAAGCUAGAAUGUCACAAUUUACUUGUAAAACAUAGUUUCAUUCCUGACAAUGAGAUCCAUGUUAAAAUUGGUGGAGACCAUGGAGGAAAUAGUUUUAAAAUGGCAUAUCAAAUAGGCAAUGUUCUAAACCCAAACAAGAAGGAAAACACAAUAAUGUUUAGCAUUUUUGAAGGGAAAGACACAAGAACAAACUUAAGAGUCUGCCUUGAACGGUUUCGACCACAAAUAAAAAUGCUGCAACAAGUCAAAUAUAAAGAGUCGAUAUUCCGUGUAUUUAUGUAUGGCGACUACGAAUUUCUGUGUGCAAUGUAUGGUAUAACUGGUGCAAAUGGGCGUCACAGCUGUUUGUUUUGCAACAUUACCUCAAAACUAAUGAACAUCCCAGUGUUUACUCGCAAGAAAUUUAAGAAAAGGUCACUGGCGACACUUGAAGAAAAUUUAGCAGAUUUCCGUGAAAGUGGUGGGAGCCCUAAAAAUGCGAAAGAAUUUUAUAAUGUCAUUGACAACAUAUUUUUUGACAUACCUAUUGAUCAAGUCUGUAUUCCUGGUCUUCAUAUUUCCUUGGGUGUAUAUCAAAAGAUGUUUAAAAUGUUUGAGUCUUCUUGCCAAGACUAUGAUGUAAAAAUAGCUCUGCUGUUGGCAACAGAAGACAAUGAACUGGAUUCAGAUUAUGGUGACUACAUCGAAGUCCUUAAAGAAACAAAUGACUUGCAGCAAAAGCUGGAAGAUGAAAAAGCCAAAUUAGCAAACCAGCAAGAUCAGUUAAACUGGCUUGUAAUAUCUGGUGGCUUACAACGAAAUAUACUGACGUACGAGAAAAGUAUAAUAAAAACUGAGAAGAAAAUCACAGAAUUAGAAUUAGAAAUCUCAACCUUGGGAAACAACAAAAGAAUUUUAGUGGGUGUUGGUCCUUGUGCUUCUUCAAUAGAUAAAACGCUGCAAAAAAUGGGUGUUGAACGUCAGGCCUACCAUGGCCAAAGUUUUAUCGGCAACCAUGUACAUAAAUUGCUAAAGAAAGAAAACAUCCAAAAUUUAACAUCCAGCAUUAAAGAGAUUGUUGCAGCACAAAAGCAUGAUGACCAGCUUAUUCACAGUGUGAAUUUAGAAAUGGAUAAGUACGACAUGUUAUUUACUUACUUUGCAGAAGUUCAUAACAUUUACAAUUCGGCAAAAUAUCUGUCAUGUGAGGAAAUACUGGCUUUAGAAAUUUCAAUUAAUAAAUUCAUGAUGCAUCUGCGAACUAACUGGCCAAAAGUUAAUAUUUCACCAAAACUGCAUAUGCUUGAAGAUCAUGUCACUGAGUUCAUAGCAAAAUGGAAUGUUGGAUUUGGGUUUUAUGGCGAACAAGGUGGAGAAAGCUUGCAUCAUGAAAUCAACAGGAUGUCGAGCAGGUACAGCUGCAUCAAAAACCCAGUCGAGCGGUUACGAAAUACAUUAAAGCAACAUUUUGUUAAUGUAAAUCCUGAAUCGAGCCAAUUAAAACCAAAAAUUAAAAAAAGAAAAAUUGCACGUGAAGAAUAACUUUUAGACUUACAGCUUAGAUAGCUAGUUAUAUCUUUAACUGCAUAUUAGCAUUACUUUGCAAGCUCCUUUAGUCUUUGCAUUAUUUCAAAGGUGGAUCAGCUGGUCUAGAAAGAAAAAGAAUUGAACAGUUAAUUAGCUUACUACAUGCAUAGUUCAUUUUUAUUUGACUUUUUGUCGAGCUUACGUUAGUAGUGUAUGAGACGCAGAAACCUUAUUUAGAGUUACAGAAUUGUUUAUAUAGAAUGUUGUUUAGUGUUGUUAUUCUGUGAAAUAUUAGCUUAGUAAACUACAACAGUUUUAAUGCCUACAAUAAAUCAUACAGUAGAUUAUGUCAAAGAGGGAGUUAAAAUUUUCAGGUUUUACACUAACUUUUAUUGCCAGAAUUCAGCGCUCUAGCAUUCUUUCAGAAGUACUGAUACAGUUUUUUCGUUUUUCUUACCUUGUAGAUGAGCCUUUCAGCUUUCCAAAAAUAUAUAAUACACCAGCCACAUAACUUCGCAACGUCCACAAAACCAAAAAUUAGUUGGAACAAGUUGCCAUGUUAAUUUUAACAAAAAAAAGUAUGCCUUCAAAACUGCCACAGUAUUACUCCAACAGCAUGCUUGUCGCAAAGGUAAAAGAAAGAUUUAGCUUCCAGCGUGUUGAAAUGCUUUAAAAAACUAAAUUAAAUCCACUGAAAUAGAUUCUAUCAUGCAAAAGCGAUUUCAAAAA